CUCUACAAAAACGAAAAAUGAAUGAAUGAACAGCAAGGGUAUGAUGAUGAUUGGUUGGGUCGCAUAGUUUUGUGAGGUAGAAAAUGAGAAAAUUGUGAGAGAAACCAUUUUCAAAGGUUUUUAUUUUUCUCUUUUUGGGGAAAGUUACCAUUUUCAAAGUUUGAAAAAGCAAACAAAACCCCCAACAAAAAACGAAAGAGGGUCUGAAGGAUCUUACCCUUCUGUAUACAUUACAGAAGGGUUUGAUCAGGGCUUUGAUUCUUGUAGACGAUUGAUUGAAGUUGGUGCACAAGAGCCUUCUUUCAUAUAUUUCUGAAGAAGGCUCUGCUCUGAAAUAUAUAUAUAUAUAUAUAGACACAGAGAUACAGAUAUAUUCUUCUUCUGGCUUUGAAAUGAUUAGGUUUUGGGUAGCCGCUCUGCAAUUUUCAGAGCUAUUUGUGAGCUCUGUGGUUCAUUUGCUUUAUGGGUUUUACAUAUUCAGCACAGCUGUGGCUGGUGAUCUAUCUCAGGCUUUAAAUGAUUUUCUUUCUAAGCCAAACGUGAAUUUUGGGGUCAAAGAGGAGUCCAAAGGGUCAAUCAGCGGUAAUGAUUUGCCCCCGAUUGUGUUAGUUCACGGAAUUUUCGGUUUUGGCAAAGGGAAAUUAGGAGGCUUGUCCUAUUUCGCAGGCGCUGAGAAGAAAGAUGAGAGGGUUCUUGUGCCUGAUUUAGGCUCCUUAACAAGUAUAUAUGAUAGGGCUCGUGAAUUGUUCUAUUAUUUGAAAGGUGGGCAAGUUGAUUACGGAGAAGAACACAGCAAAGCUUGUGGGCAUUCGCAGUUUGGAAGAAUUUAUGAACAAGGGCACUACCCUGACUGGGAUGAGGAUCACCCUCUUCACUUUGUUGGGCAUUCGGCUGGAGCACAGGUGGUUCGGGUUUUGCAGCAAAUGCUGGCUGAUAAGGCUUUCAAGGGGUAUGAGAACACUACAGAAAACUGGGUAUUAAGCAUCACGUCGUUGUCCGGAGCAUUCAAUGGGACAACAAGGACUUAUCUAGAUGGGAUGCAGCCAGAAGAUGGAAGGUCCAUGAAAUCCAUUAGCCUGCUUCAGUUGUGCCGCAUAGGAGUAAUAGUUUAUGAUUGGUUUGAUAUCCCCUGGCUAAAGGCCUAUUACAAUUUUGGAUUUGAUCACUUCAACAUGUCGUGGAAGAAUAUUGGUGUAUGGGGUCUUGUUGAUUGCCUGUUGGGAAAUACAGGUCCAUUUGCUUCAGGUGAUUGGAUCCUUCCGGAUCUUACGAUUCAAGGGUCCAUCCGACUCAACUACCAUUUAAAUACAUUCCCCACCACGUACUACUUCAGCUAUGCUACAAAGCGGACUAGGAAAAUCAUGGGUGUCACAGUUCCCUCUAGCAUUUUUGGCAUUCAUCCUUUGCUUUUCGUCAGAGUCUUGCAGAUGAGCCAAUGGCGUCAUCCUCCUGAUGUUUCCCCCCCUUACAAAGGUUACAGGGAUGAGGAUUGGCAGGACAAUGAUGGAGCACUCAACACCAUAUCCAUGACACAUCCUCGUCUUCCAUUUGAACACCCAAAUCAUUUUGUUCUGAAGGAUUCUGAUUGCCAGCCCUUGCAGCCAGGCAUCUGGUAUUACAAAAUUGUGGAAGCUGAUCACAUUCUUUUCAUUGUGAACCGGGAGCGAGCUGGGGUUCAAUUUGAUUUAAUAUACGACAGCAUUUUUGAACGCUGCAGAAAGCAUGUAUUUAGAAAGACUCCACCAACGGUACCAAAUGAAGUGCAUCAAUAAUUAAGCAUGCAUUUGCUCCCACUGAAGGGCAUAAUAUCUGGAAGAGAAAUGUGAAAAAAGGAAAGCUGCUAUUUUGCCUAGUACUUCUUUUGUUUUGAUUUUAAUUCUAAUGUAAAUUUUCUAAUUCUAUUUUUCUCUCUUUUUUUUCUUCUCCAUUUUGUACUUCUGAGGUACAAGAACUCGUUUAGUUUGUAGGCUUGUAGCUUUUUGAAAAAUACUGGAGGUUUAGCUUUACACAUGUGAGACUCAUAUGGUACAUUAUUAUUACUCUAGUUAAGAAUAUAAAAAAUCAUCCUUUUAUGUUUUCUCCAA